CAUGCUGACUUCCGUGGCGCCUGCUCUUAGAUCUCAGAAAGGAUCAGAAUCUGUACCCUUGCAACAGGCCAAAUCUUCGUCGUCGGUCAAAGAAAAUGUUAUCAUAAAUUGGGUCUUCCAGCCAGCCCCGACAGAUUGUCUCGGAAUCACAAUCUCAACUUCACAGUUUCAAGGGAUGAUUCAGGAUCUCAGGAGGCUAUUCGCCGAAAAGAUACUGGAGGAGUACCACUUUGUUGCGAGAAUCGACGCACGAUUCAGGUUUUUCAAGCCUGUGGAUGACAUCCCUGUUCGAGAUACCGUCGAAGACAAUUGGCUGGAGAAUGUGAAAUUAGCGCGAAUUCCUGGGGCCAACAGUCUUGCCAAAGCUAUCUCGAAUGAGAAAGUGGAGAACAAGGACAUCCUCCAUCUAGUCGUCACUGCCGAAAAGGAUACGCAGAAGGCGGAAGAAAGCGACGUUGUGACCGUUCAACAAGAGACAUCUUCCCCACGACAGAACUUCUUUGCCCGCAAUCUGACUAAGCCACCCUCCUCCGAGGCAAAACUAUCGAACAUGAUCACCACUCAGAACAAUGACCAACGUGCCCUUCUAUACGGACGUCCAGCCAAUCGAGAAGCCACGGUCCCAGCCUCGCUCUUCAAUGAGACGCUCUGUCAGUUGCGCCACGAUCUUAACACUGUUACGCCGUCCACCGACGACAUCCGGAUCUUUCGGUCUCUUCGAACCGCCCUGACGGGUAUUUUUCCACAUGAGGACUUCCGUCGGGAUGAACUUAUCAGAAUCAUGACACAAAUUCUUCCAGACGAUGCAUUACUCGCUCGAGGUUUCAUACCUGGCACCAAAUAUCACACCAAUGGUGACAUUCGAUUGCUGGUCGGCGCCAAACUUGCGGAGUUGUUUUAUUACAUCCAAGAGGUCAAGAACGAGGUGACGACUGGCAAGGCAGAACCUCUUGUAGAGGCGAUUUGCUACUGGAUUGAGUUGAUCCGCGCCUGCCUAGCUACGGACAAAUUUACUGAGGAUGACCUGAAGCGCCUCAAUUUCCCCGUGAUCAUCCUUCUCCACUUUGGGCCGUAUCUGGCUCUGGCAGUCGGAACAUUUACCCACAGCUCCUCUCAGCCCAACAUUGAGCACCUUACCUGCAUACCGCUCCAUGCGCACUCAAACACUCACGACCUGGAGGCUGGGGAGCGCUUUGUGGCUUCACUGCGUCUCGCUCUCCAUCGUUUGCAGAAUUACUAUGCUACCUUUGGAAAGUCCGACUCCCCACUCCCCUGUUGUGAUUUCCCAUUCCGCGAUUUCUUUGAAGUCGGUGACAAGAAGCAAAAAUUCAUUUAUGACGAAAUCCUUGAGGACAAGAAAGUUUUUCGAGCUCGUUUGGUGGAUGAUAAGCAGACGAAACUUUACGUCAAGUUUACCCAACGCUACUCCGAGCUUGCACAUAGGUCUGCCUUCGAGUGCGGCAAUGCACCGAAACUCCUCGCUGUCAAUCAGGUGUACGGAUGGCAUAUGGUUGUCAUGGAGGAUGUGUCUGCCAACUACGUGACAUACUAUGACUUGAAGUCUCAACAGGGGUCGUCAGCACUGGAGUCGACUCGAAAAUGUGUAACUCAGGCCGUCAAUGACCUACAUUUGGCAGGCUUUGUUCACGGUGAUAUUCGUGAUGUCAACAUCUUGGUGAAGCGGCCUGAGGCAACCGAAGAUGGUGCUAACAUCAUGCUUAUCGACUGGGAUUGGGCAGGCGUGGCAAACCAGGCGAGAUAUCCACACAACCUGAAUUCUGCUGUGUCUCGAUCAAAGGAUGCAGUUCCUGGUGGAAUUAUCACUACACAGCAUGACCUAGAGAUGUUACUGUUCUUGGAGUA